GAGAGAGAUUGAAAUCGAGGAAGAAGCAGAAGCAGAAGAAAAAUCAUAGUGUAACAAGAAGAAAUUAAAAGAGGGAAUUUGAUUUGAUUUGAUUUUGAACAGAGAGAGAGAGAGAGAGAGAGAGUGAUCUGAAAAAAAUGAAGACGACGAAGGGAGGGAAGGUGAUGAACCCUACGGACGCUUACCGGAAGGAGCUCCGCAAGAGGGAAUUGAAACGGAACAAGAAAGAAAGGAAAAAGGUGAGAGAGGUGGGACUCUUGAAGAAGGAUCCUGAUACUCUUAAGGAGCAAAUUGAUAAGUUGGAAAUGAUGAAAGCUGAUGGUGCUUUGGACAAAGCAAGAAAACACAAGAAGAGACAACUAGAGGACACAUAUAACCUUGUCAUAAAAAAGAGGAAGGAAUAUGAAGACAAAAUGCGGGAGAAGGGUGAGGCCCCAGUUAUGUUCAGUCAUUUGGGACCUCCUCGGAGACGGACAACUGCAGAAGAAGAUGAGAAAGACAAGCACCCAAAGCCUGAAGACUCUGUUUAUUAUCAUCCUACACUGAAUCCUACUGGUGCCCCACCACCAGGAAAGCCCCCCAUGUAUAAAUCAUCAAUAGGCCCCAGAAUUCCCUUAUCUGCUGCUUCAUCAAGUUCUGCAUCAUCCUCAAAAACAGAGUCAGAAGAUGCUGCAUUAACUGCACCUCCUCAGCCUCCACCUCCGCCACCUCCCCCUUUGCCAGAUACUGACAGUGUCAACUCUGGGGAUGGCUCUGUGCCUCUACCUCCUCCACCUCCAAUGCCUCCCCAGCCAGCUUCAGCAAAUUUGGCUAUGCAAUUGCCUACACCACCUUUGCCUCCACCACCACCUCCUGGCCCCCCACCUAAAGAGCAAGUUUCAAGUCGCCCUUUGCCUCCUCCACCUCCUCCACCCCAAUUGUCUGUUCAGCCACCUCCACCUGGUACCAGUGGAGGCGAAAAGGAGAUAAACCAACCUGCAUUGUUAGAUGGACUGACCUCAAAGGAGCAUUCUCAGGUGCCAACCAUGCUUCCUCCUCCUCCUCCCCCACCUGGGCUGCCACCGAAGUCAGCAAGUAAUCAGUUAGAAGGUGCACCAUCUGAUUCAGACAUCAAUAAUUUUUCAGCAACCAAGGAUCUCUCUAAAAUGGUUCCACCUCCACCCCCUCCUAGGCAACAGCCUCCAGUACCCGGACCCACCCUGCUUUCAUCUUUACAACCUGAUGUAUUACCCCCUGGAAUAUCACGUCAUCCCCCACCUCUACCUCCGCCAGAUAUGCGGCCUCCGUUAGCUACGCCUGGACUACCUGGCCUAGCAGGUCACCCUGGAGUGAUGCAUCCGCUAAUGCCAAGGCCACCAUAUGGUCCUCCCCCUGGGCCUCCCCCCAUGAUGAGACCGCCACUUCCACCUGGUCCUCCACCAACGUUCCAAGAAGAUGAGCAUGCUUUUAAUAGGCCAACAGCUCCUCAAAAACCAUCUUAUGUAAAAUCUGCUGCGUCUACCGUUGUUAAGAGGCCACUAGCUCAGCACACUCCAGAACUUACAGCUAUGGUUCCUGCAUCUGUUAGAGUGAGGAGAGAGACUGCUGCCCCAAAAGCAAAGCCAAAGCCAGCAGUCUCAGUUACAGCAACAGCCACCCAGCCAGCUGCUCCCGCCAUUGUAAUGCCAGAAUCAGCUAACUCAUCAUUAGCACCAAAGCCACAGAGUAUUGACGACUCAUAUAUGGCCUUUUUGGAGGACAUGAAAGCGCUUGGUGCACUUGAUAGCUGAGAUCAUUGUUGCUGAUGAGGAGGUGCAGGGAAUAGAGGCGGUACACAUGUAACUGAUGGAAACCAAGUGUACAUGUUACUGUGUUGGAUUUGGGGUCUUUGAGAACAAAAAUUUAUUGAUGCCGUUAAGCCUUUGUUUGCUUCGGUGCUGUUUCAUUGGGGAAUCUCUCUUGUAACAUCAAUGAUGAAAAAUUUCAAUUGCUCGAUUUUCAAUAGAUCUGAGUUAUUGAGAUAGCUGUAACUUUGAGCUAAUAUCCUCCAGAGGAUGAUAGACAAGUUAGUAAUUGGAAACUUUUACCACAUUUAAUAGAUAAUUGAACUCCUUUUUCUUGGUA